AUGGCUUGCUCCGAAGUACAGCAGAAAGUGCUCCGCAUGGAGCUGGACAAAGGUGGAGCAUUUGAUUUCUCAAACUGCAUUCGGAACAUGGCCCUCUCAAGAAUGGGCGUGCCAGCCCCGAAAGUUCGCUCCACCGGUACCACGAUCGUUGCAGCAACCUACAAAGAUGGCCUGGUUAUGGGCGCCGACUCUCGUGCUACUGCAGGAAAUAUUAUUGCUGACAAACACUGCGAGAAGGUGCAUUACUUGACAGAUUCGAUCUAUGCUUGUGGAGCCGGAACCGCAGCUGAUCUUGACCAGGUAUGCAAAAUGCUAUCUGGAACACUUCGCUUGAUGGAGCUCAAUACAGGAAGGAAAGCUCGAGUUAUAACAGCAUUGCGUCACGCCAAGCAACAUCUUUUCAAUUAUCAAGGUUACGUAGGAGCUUAUCUACUCAUCGGUGGUGUAGAUCCCACUGGACCGCAUCUUUACGAAUGUUCUGCAAACGGUACAACAAUGGCGAAACCGUUUGCAGCUCAAGGUUCUGGAAGCUAUUCAGCCAUAUCUGUCCUUGAAAGAGACUUCAAAUCUAACAUGAGUGAAGAUGCAGUCAAUCUAGUGCAGCGUGCUCUUCAUGCUGGUAUGCAUGGAGACAAUGCUUCUGGAAACAGCUUAAAUCUCGUCGUCAUGCGGCCAGGGAAGACUGAAUUUAGGGGACCAAUUGUACCGGAGUUCUGCAAGAAACCUGAACCUAUUGAUCUGUCUUACAAGUUCAAGCCGGGCUCGACGAAGGUGUUGAAGAGAAAAACGAUCAAAUUCGACGUGAUCGAAUCAAUGGAUGUUAGCCACUGA